GCAUAAUUUUUUUUUUAUGAUACGUAACAGUUGAAAAUUGCGUAUCAAACUGAAUUGUGAAUUAUUAAAACAUCUGUGUAUUUUAAUUUGAAGCAAAUCAUGUUAUCACCAAACGUGAAAAUAAGUUUAUUUAUAAUUUUUUUAAUUGUCAUUGUAAGUGAAGGAUGGACAUCAUUUUACACAUCUCCAACAAUUUAUUAUAAUAGUAAAAAAUUAAAUAAUACGUGCAAUUCAAAUAUUAAAUUAUUUUUUAAUAAAUUAAGUUCAAAUAAAAAAUUAAUUCCAUAUAGCUAUGAUUAUUUUGAUUUUUGUAAAAUUAAUAAUGAAAAAAAAAAUAAAAAACAAAAUAUUGGUCAAAUAUUAUUAGGUCAAAAAGAUAAAUCAUCAUUUUAUAAUUUCGAAUUUUUAAAAGAUGAUUAUUGUCAUAAAAUAUGUACUAAAAAUUAUAUUGGCAAUGAUAAAAAUUCUGAUAUUAUUAUUGAACGAUUAAAAGAAGGUUUAGCUAUGGAUUAUCAUCAUUAUUGGAUUGUUGAUAAUAUACCAGUAACAUGGUGUUAUAAAUUACCUGAUAGAAAUUAUUGUAACUCUUUAAUUUCCAUGGGUAGUUAUUUGCAAGAUGAGGUUUUAUUAAAUAGUGGGUAUGAUGUUGAUAGAGUAAAUAAAGAUAAUACAUAUUAUCUUUUUAAUCAUGUUGAUUUAACAAUAACAUAUGAAAGUGGAGAAAAAAAAGAAUGGGGUACUGGUUGUGAUGAUAAUUGUGGAAGAAUAAUUGCUGUUGAAGCUGUACCAAGAAGUAUUAAUCAUAGAUCACCUGAUCAUCCUGAUUGUUCAUCAAAAGCACCACCGCUUGAAAUACCAGCUGAUAAAUUAAAGCCAAAUGAAAAAUUAGAUAUCACAUAUACUUAUUCAAUUUAUUUUAAGAAAAAUAAUACAAUCAAGUGGUCAUCACGAUGGAAUUAUAUUCUUAAUUCAAUGCCACAUACAAAUAUACAUUUGUCAAGUAUUAUUUUUUCAUUUUUAAUAUUUAUUAUUUUAACUGGAAGUAUUACAUGGUCAUUUAUAAAUUUUAAAAAUAAUUUUCAUAAAUUUGGGAGAUCGAAAUUUAGUGGAGAAAAUCAAGAAGAACAUUGGUGGAAUUUUUUUUAUUAUGAUAUAUUUAUUUCACCAAAAAAUUUAAUUUUACUAUCAGCAUUACUUGGAUCUGGUGUACAAAUAUUUUUCAUUGUUUUAAUUAUUUUAAUUUUUUCUAAUUUUGGCUUGUUAUCACCAGUUGAUACAGGCUCAUCAUUAUUAACUGUAUUUUUGGUUUUUUAUGUAAUAUUAUGUACUAUUGCUGGAAAUGUAUCAUCAAGAAUUUAUAAACGUUUUGGUGGUAAAAAAAUGUUGAUCAGUCAUUGUUGUCUUAAUACUUUAUUGACACCAGGAUUUGUUUUUAUUUUAUAUUUUUCUAUGAAUUUAAUUCAUUGGAAAUACGAAAGUUCAGCUGCAAUACCAUUAAUGAAAACAAUUAUAAUUUUCAUAUGUUUAUUAGGAUAUUUAUUUAUUAAUAUAUUUUUUACUACUCAUGCUGUUUUUAAAAAAUCGUUAUUGGAAAUGUGGAAUGAUUCAAGUUCUGAAGAUGAUGAUUUGCCAAAUAAUAAUUUAUCAUUUAUUGAUCCAAGUUUACUAUUUAGAAAAGACGCCAUAGAAGAUAAAUUACUAAAGAAAAAUCAAAAUGUUAAAGAUAGUUUUGUUGAAAAAUUGAUAAUAUUUGUUGACAGAAUUAUUGUGACACUUUUUCCUUUUAGUUGUAUACUCAUACAAUCUUUUUUCAUAUUAAAUUCAAUUUGGGCUGAUCAAGUAUACUCUAUGUUUGGAAUUUUAUUUAUAAAUUUUAUAAUUUUUGUUGCAAUAAGUUCUGCAUCAACAAUUUUUUUAUGCUUCUCUGAUAUUCGUAGAAAGCACUACAACUGGAUGUGGAAUAGUUUUUUGACUUCUGGCUUUACAGCAGUUUAUCUUUUUAUUUAUUGCAUUAACUUUUUCUUUACAAAAUUAGAGAUUGAAGAUACAGCAUCAACAAUUUUGUAUUUCGGUUAUACACUCAUCUUGGUAUUUUUGUUCUUCCUACUAACAGGCUCAAUUGGAUUCUUUGCUUGUUUCUGGUUCAUCAGAAAAAUUCACAAUGUUAUUAAGCUUUAAUUUAAAAAUUAAAUUGAAACAAUACUUUAUGAAAAAAAAUUGUAAUCAUUAUUUAUUUUUUAAAUGAUCGUUUAUUAAUAAAUUGUUGAAGUAGCUAAACAUGAGACAAACUUUAUUUACAGCAAUUAAAUAUUUAGAUAUCCUCCACAAUAAUACACUUGAAAAAAAAUCAAUUGCAAAACAAAAAAAAAGUAUUUCAAUAUUUCACACACGCUGAACAUAAUUUAAUUAUGCUAGUAUUUUUUUUUUUUUUUUUAUUUGUACACUCAUCACUAUUUUCAAUAAACAUUUUAUUACUAUUUUCUUUUUAUAUCGUUAAAUUACUAACGAUUAUCUCAAAAUAACAGUGUCAAGUUUUUAAAAUGAACAAAAAUAUACAUAAAAUUAAUAAUUUUUCGUAUAAAUUUUUUAAAUUAAUUAAUAAAUCAAUUAAUUUUAAUUGGAGAAUAUUAAUCUUUUGUUGUUUCAAGAUUUAUGCUGUUUGGUGUAAAUUUAUUUUAAUUUUUAGUGGUUUUUAGCUUUUAUUAAAUUUGAUUACUUUUUUUUCGAUUAAACUAUCGAACAAUAUUAAUUGUUCCAUGCAUUUAUCAUUUGAAUAAUUGUUUUUAAUUUAAAUAUGUUGACAAUGUCCCACGUCGUUGUGUGCUGCUUGCACGGACAACAAUAAUCCGUCCAUAAUCAAUUUAUCCCGAAAACCAGUUGGGAAAUUUCUCAAUAAAUUGAGUGCAGUGAUGACCUGUAAGAAUUAUUUUUUAAUGUGAUGAACAAGAGGAUUGGGAUAUUGGCAUGUUUGAUUUUUUUUCGCGGAAAAGGAAAGACAUGCACAACAGUCCCAGUCAUCUUGCCAUCCAUCAAUAGGACAAUAAUAAAUCAAGAAAAAAAAUAAUAAAUAAAUAAAGAAAUAAUUUUAAAUGAAAUUAUUUAAGUGAUUGGCAAGAAAAAAAAAAUAAAUAAUGACUGAUACUGAUUUUAUUGCACGGAAGAAUUUCUUUUUUUUAAAUUUCGAUUGAAUUGAUUAAACAAAUCGAAAUUUAUACCGGUAAUAAACGAUAUCAAGCUAUAGUUUACAAAAAAAAAUAAACAACUAAAAAAAAAAAAAUAAUAAUACAAUUCACGAAUAAACAAAAAAUAAUUUAAAAAAAAAAAAAAUAUAUAACUGACAAUGGAACAACACGUUUGUCGAAAGCACGUUUUUAAAACUUUCAAUUAUUUGUAAAAUAAAAAAUAGGAAAAAUCUAAUUAUAUAGAAAG